GGAAGAACAAUAUUAUUGAAGAACUUUAAUGUUUUGAGAUAUAAUGAUGAAACAAAGAAGCAAGAUAGUUUCCCUGUUGCUGUGUAUGUGAACUUAGAUACAGGAGAUGACAUGAAAGUUUUUAAUACAAAGCUUCAAACGGUAGUGAGAGAACAACUUACUGCGGAAGGGCAUCCAUUACCUUCAGAAGUUACCAUAGCAUAUAAUUUUGAAACAAACUCAAUAGAUUUUAAAGUCGUCUCUGCAAAGAAGUCAGGUUUUACAUUUAAUGAAGCAGAUGUAUAUUCGAAUGAAAACUUCAAAGCUAUUGCAUGGUUAGAUAAUGACGAUUGCUUUAAGAAAAUCUUUAAAUUCAGUGACUCAACAAUGUCAAUAGAUGACCUUCGUGGAAUGUUACCAUCGACGUUUACAGUAGAAGGUUCAGCAGGAUUGCUUACAAGAUUGUCAAUUGGUGGUAUUUGGUCUCGUGAGAACAUUGUUAUAAAAUCCAGUAUAAGUGAAUUUGCUGAAGAAUCUAUAUUAUGUCUUUCAAACUAUAUGUAUUCGCCGCCGAAGCAUUAUAGUAUAACAAACUUUGUCAGUAAGUUUAACAUAAGACUUGUCGAACCUUCUUCAAUGAAAGAUGUUGUGCUACCCAAAGACGGAAAGGAUGGACUCAUUAUUGAGAUGAUUUUAAUAGCAUAUUAA